UCCCGACCAACAAAGACCGAGUCGCAACGUUGCAAAAUUAAACGUAAGCCCUCGGGUUCGGUGAGUUUUCUCACACGAACGAAAUCGAAACUGCGGAAAGUUUUCUCAGGAAUGAGCGACGGUAAAGUUAGAAAAGACGCCACAAACAAAGAAAUUAUAACCAUGAGUGACGCUGCCGGAUAUUUGGACCGUUUUGUCGGCGAUGUUAGCAAAAAGUCGGCCACCAAACAGAUACUAAUCGGUGCCGGAAGUGGAUGGGCAACCGGUUACAUCACGAUGAAGGUUGGCAAGAUGGCAGCGAUCGCAGUUGGCGGUGGUAUCAUACUGCUGCAGAUGGCCAACCAGCAGGGCAUCAUUUCGAUCGACUGGAACAAGGUCCAAAAAAAGGUGGACAAAGUGACGGACAAGGUGGAGGAAGCCGUCACCGGUCAGGGGCCAAGUUGGGCGGAUAAGGCGGAACGGUUCGUGGAUCGUAAGCUAAAUCAAGCCGAAGAUGUGCUUAACAAACGUACGAAAAAGGCCAAAAAGUGGUACACCAAUCUGAUCGGCGAUGAGACUGGCUGCAAGGUGAAUGAUUUACACAUUUUCCUGUGUGCCUUUGCGGCCGGUGUUGCUAUCGGUGUCGGUACUGCAUAA